AAAAAGUCAAACUUGUCUUCUUUCUCUUACAUUUCUUCUGACUUUUCUAAUCACCUGUUGCUUUUUCUCCAAGUUUUUCUAUUAGAUUGCUUCUCUUUCCAAUAUAUUCAAUCAUCUCGUGUGGUUUGGCGUCUGGGCUUUUAAUUUUACAUUGAUUUCUUCAAACCCACUUUAAGUUUGAUGAAAUUUAAGUAAUAUUUGUAAGAAUUUAGUAUGGAAGAAUCGCACGGACAGGGUAAUUCAAAUACGCCGGCUCCUUUUCUUACAAAGACAUAUGAGAUGGUAGAUGAUCCAAUAACCAACUCAUUGGUGUCCUGGAGUUUAAGUGGUUGCAGUUUUAUUGUCUGGGAUCCAACUGAUUUUUCAAGAGAUUUGCUGCCGAAGUAUUUCAAGCACAACAAUUUUUCAAGCUUUGUAAGGCAGCUCAAUACGUAUGGAUUUAGGAAGAUUGAUCCUGAGGUGUGGGAGUUUGCGAACGAGGAAUUUAUAAGAGGAAAGAAACAUUUUCUAAAGAAUAUUUACCGACGCAAGCCAGUUCAUAGUCAUUCUGCGCAGAAUCAAGGGAAUUUUGGCAUUCCAUUGACGGAAACUGAAAGAAAUGAAUUUGAGAGGAAAAUUGAGAAACUGAAGAAAGAGAAGAGUAUAUUGCAAUUGGAGCUACAGAGAUCUGAGAGUGAAAAUCAAGGUUUUGCCCUUCAGAUACUAUCAUUAAGUGAGCGUAUGAAGUAUUUGGAGGGUCGACAGAUGGAACUGAUGACUUUCUUUGCCAACCUGAUGAAAAAACCUGGAUUUGCCUCAGUUCUUAUGCAGCAGUCAGAAAUUCAUAACAAAAGGAGAAGAUUGGUAAGGCCUAAUUAUUUUGGUUAUGAGUUCAAUAUGGAUAAAUACUGGGUUUUGACCGACCAGAAAGAAAACCCAAAUGCAAUUUCUGCUCACAUGUCGAAUUUAGAACAAAUUGAAAAGUUAGAAUCCUCUGUGAACUUUUGGGCGGGUUUUCUGCUUGGGGUCAAUGAAGCUUUUAGUCAAGAUGUGUAUGAUUUUGGUGUGCUGCCAUCAGUUUCUUCAGUCACAUCCUCUGAAGAUGAUGAUGUGUAUGGUCAACAUUGUUCACCAAAAUCAAAUGUGUCCUCUCUCCAUUCUAUGGAUAUUCAUUCACACGAGGAUCAUAUGGAUGCUCAUAGCCCCAACAAAUCACCUAUGUUUUUAAACGCUGAUGAAAGAUCAAAUCCACUAGGGACUGAUGUAAUUUUGAAGCCUGCUGGUGCUUCUGAGGCUGAGGCAUCAAGCAAAGAGGUGAUAGAGUUAACAAAUUCUUCAGUAAAAGUAGGGGUGAAUGAUGUGUUCUGGGAGCAGUUCCUCACAGACCCUCCUGCAGCUUCAUUAAAUGCACAAGAGAUGAAGUCUGAAAAUGCGGCUACUGAAGACGAGGCUAUGGUUUGCGAGGGAGCUGAUCUCAGAAAUUUCUGGUGUAACAAAAACAAAUUAGAUAACCUGACAAUGAAUUUUGGAAAGCUUACUUCUGCUGGACCAACAUAGUAUGUAUAAUUUGAUUCUUUCAGCAUAAUGUCUUGGAUGGUUGGGUUAUAUAUUGUAACAUAAUUAGUGAGAAGGUGGAAGACUUUUCACCUUCUGACUUGAUUGUAUUGUUGCAUCAGUUUUGUAUGUAUAUAACACUAAGUUACAGCAUCAAAGGAUUAAUUGGUGCAUACUUCUGUCGA